GUUAGUCAGUUGCAUGAAGGGGAGUCAGUGUGUUCAGGAGUGGGAUUGUCUCGGCGUUCGGAUACGGAUAGGGGAGUUUGGAUACACACUUUGAAAGAGAGUUUGCUGUCUCUUAAGCUUUCACCAUGCCGGUUUUUCACACGAAGACGAUAGAGAGUAUCCUGGAGCCGGUGGCCCAGCAGAUUUCCCAUCUGGUCAUCAUGCAUGAGGAGGGAGAGGUGGACGGGAAAGCCAUCCCGGAUCUCACCGCUCCUGUGGCCGCAGUGCAGGCAGCUGUCAGCAACCUGGUCCGGGUGGGCAAAGAGACGGUUCAGACCACUGAAGAUGCCAUCAUGAGGAGAGACAUGCCACCUGCCUUUAUCAAGGUUGAGAACGCGUGCACUAAACUGGUUCAGGCCGCUCAGAUGUUGAAGGCCGAUCCGUAUUCUGUCCAAGCCCGGGAUUAUCUGAUCGACGGCUCCCGCGGGAUCCUCUCCGGAACCUCGGAUCUGCUCCUGACCUUCGACGAGGCCGAGGUCCGUAAGAUCAUCCGUGUGUGUAAAGGGAUUCUGGAGUAUCUGACGGUCGCUGAGGUGGUGGAGUCGAUGGAAGACCUGAUCACUUACACCAAGAACCUGGGACCAGGCAUGACGAAGAUGGCCAAGAUGAUUGACGAGCGACAGCAGGAGUUAACUCAUCAGGAGCACAGAGUCAUGCUGGUCAACUCCAUGAACACCGUGAAGGAGCUGCUGCCCGUCCUGAUCUCAGGCAUUAAGAUCUUCGUGACGACCAGGACGUCCCAGGGGAAGGGUGUGGAAGAGGCUCUGAAGAACAGGAACUUCACCGUGGAGAAGAUGAGCACCGAGAUCCACGAGAUCAUCCGCGUGCUGCAGCUCACGUCCUGGGACGAGGACGCCUGGGCCAAUAAGGACACCGAGGCCAUGAAGAGAGCGCUGGCUCUGAUCGACUCUAAAAUGGCCCAGGCGAAGAACUGGCUCCGGGACCCUCACGCCCAGCCAGGAGACCCGGGCGAACAGGCCAUUCGGCAGAUCCUGGACGAGGCGGGGAAAGUUGGCGAACUCUGCGCUGGGAAAGAGAGACGAGACAUUAUGGGAACUGCCAAGACGCUUGGACAGUUUACGGAGCAGGUGUCCGAUCUGAGGGCCAGGGGUCAGGGAGCGAGUCCAGUGGCCAUGCAGAAAGCACAGCAGGUUUCUCAGGGUUUGGAUGUUCUCACGGGGAAAGUGGAAAACGCGGCGCGUAAAUUGGAGGCCAUGACCGGCUCGAAACAAGCCAUCGCCAAGAGAAUCGACGCCGCUCAGAACUGGCUGGCGGAUCCUCACGCGGGUCCCGAAGGAGAGGAGAACAUCAGGGCUCUUCUGGGAGAAGCGAGGAAGAUCGCGGAUCUCUGCGAUGAUCCCAAGGAGCGCGACGAUAUCCUGCGCAACAUGAGCGAGAUCUCCGCGCUCACCGCCAAACUCUCAGAGCUCAAGAAAGCAGGUAAGGGUGAUUCCCCUGAGGCUCGAGCGCUGGCCAAACAGAUCGCCACAGCUCUGCAGAAUCUACAGUCCAAAACCAGCAAAGCCGUGGCCAACACUCGCCCGGCCAAAGCAGCGGUUCACCUGGAGGGCAAGAUCGAGCAGGCUCAGAGAUGGAUCGACAACCCCACGCUGGACGACAGCGGAGUCGGUCAGGCUGCUAUUCGUGGGCUGGUUGCUGAGGGGCGUCGCCUGGCCAAUGCGUUGCCGGCGUCCCACAGGCAUGAGCUCUUGGGUAAAUGUGAGGAGGUGGAGCAUCUGAUGGGUCAGUUAGCCGAGCUAGCGGCCCGCGGGGAGGGAGACGGUCCACAGGCCCGCGCCAUCGCUCACCAGCUGCAGGACACUCUCAAAGAUCUGAAGGGUAAAAUGCAGGAAGCCAUGACUCAAGAAGUGUCUGACAUCUUCAGCGACACGACAACACCUGUCAAACUAUUGGCUGUGGCAGCGACGGCCCCGCCAAACACACCCAACAGAGAAGAGGUGUUUGAGGAGCGGGCCGCUAACUUCGAGAAUCACGCGGGCCGUCUGGGCGCCACCGCGGAGAAAGCCGCCGCCGUCGGCACCGCUAACAGGAGCACGGUGGAGGGGAUCCAGGCCGCCGUCAAAUCAGCGCGAGACCUCACGCCACAGGUCAUCUCCGCAGCUCGAAUCCUCCUGAAGAACCCUGGGAACCAGGCGGCUUACGAGCACUUCGAGACCAUGAAGAAUCAGUGGAUCGACAAUGUCGAGAAAAUGACAGGGCUGGUGGAUGAAGCGAUCGACACCAGGUCUCUGUUGGAUGCAUCAGAAGACGCCAUUAAGAAAGAUCUGGACAAGUGUCAGGUAGCAAUGGCCAAUCACCAGCCUCAGAUGCUGGUCGCCGGGGCAACCAGCAUCGCCCGACGAGCCAAUCGGAUCCUGCUGGUGGCAAAACGAGAGGUGGAGAACUCAGAGGACCCGAAGUUCAGAGAAACUGUGAAAGCGGCUUCCGACGAGCUCAGCAGAACCAUCUCACCAAUGGUCAUGGACGCCAAAGCCGUGGCCGGCAACAUACAGGACCAAGGCCUUCAGAGGGGCUUCCUGGACUCGGGUUAUAAGAUCCUGAGUGCCGUGGCUAAAGUGAGAGAGUCGUUCCAGCCUCAGGAGCCAGACUUCCCUCCUCCACCUCCAGACCUGGAGCAGCUGCAGAUCAGCGACACCGCGGCUCCUCCAAAACCGCCCCUGCCGGAGGGUGAAGUGCCUCCGCCCAGACCUCCACCCCCCGAGGAGAAGGACGAGGAGUUCCCGGAGACGCAGGCCGGAGAAGUGAUCAGCGAGCCCAUGAUGGUGGCGGCCCGGCAGCUGCACGACGAGGCCCGCAAGUGGUCCAGCAAGGGUAAUGACAUCAUCGGCGCCGCCAAGCGCAUGGCUCUGCUGAUGGCCGAGAUGUCUCGACUGGUCCGAGGAAGCGGCGGGAAUAAGAGGGCGCUCAUCCAGUGUGCCAAAGACAUCGCCAAAGCCUCCGACGAGGUCACGCGCCUCGCCAAAGAGGUCGCCAAGCAGUGCACCGACAAACGCAUACGAACAAACCUGCUGCAGGUGUGUGAGAGGAUUCCUACCAUCAGCACACAGCUGAAGAUCCUCUCCACUGUGAAGGCCACCAUGCUGGGACGCACCAACAUCAGCGAGGAGGAAUCAGAGCAGGCCACGGAGAUGCUGGUCCAUAACGCCCAGAACCUGAUGCAGUCGGUGAAGGAGACGGUGAGAGAAGCCGAGGCCGCGUCCAUCAAGAUCCGCACAGACGCCGGCUUCACCCUGCGCUGGGUCCGCAAGACACCCUGGUACCAGUGAGCGAACAACCAGUGCACAUAUCCCAGCAUGCACUGUCCAGGUCAUCAAUGUCAAUGCAGACGUCUCAUCCACCUCGUGGACUAAACUAUCCCACUAUCAAAACCGGUGUUCUUGAAUGUCAUUGAGUGUAAAAAAAACAUUGCUUUUAUAAUUUGCGAAGAAUGAUUUAUUUUGGUUUGAUUGAUCCCGGGUAGGAGGGAAAAUUUCACAAUUGUCAUUAUUUUCUUCUUUUUUUUUCCUUCUUUUU